AUGUCGACGAUAUCAGGAUCUUCAUCUUCUUACUCUCUUUCCAAGAUUAACCCUAAGCUCUUGCGUAGAAUAUACAGGGCAUGCCGUCCAACCCUCAGCGAGCCAAACUUAUCGCUUAAUUUGGAAAUCUGUGACUAUGUCAACGCAAAACAAGGUUCCACCCCAAGAGAAGCAGCUAUUGCCGUUGCGAAACUCAUUUCUCAAAGAGACCCGCAGACUUCUGAAUUGGCGGUAGCUUUAUUAGAUAACUUGGUUAAGAACUGUGGAUAUCCCUUCCAAUUGCAAAUUUCUCGUAAGGAAUUCCUUAAUGAAUUGGUCAAGAGGUUCCCAGAAAGACCUCCUCCUCGUUACACCAGAUUACACAGGUUAAUCUUGGCUCAGAUCGAAGAAUGGCAUCAAACCAUCUGUAGAACUUCGAAAUACAAGGAAGAUUUCGGCUACAUUAGAGAUAUGCAUAGAUUAUUGUCACAAAAGGGCUAUAUCUUCCCAGAGGUCAAGGUAGAAGAUGCUGCUGUGUUGAACCCUACCGAUGGUUUGAAGUCCUUGGAAGAAUUACAGAAGGAAGAAGCAAUUGUUCACAGUGCUAAGCUUCAAGAAUUAAUUAGAAGAGGAAAGCCACUGGACUUACAGGAAGCCAAUAAAUUGAUGAAGAUCAUGGCAGGCUUUAAAGAUGAUAACGUUCAAGAAAACAAGAAGCAAAUCACAGAUGAUAUCUCAAGAUUAAAGAGGAAGGUUGAAAUAUUAGAUGAAAUGUUGAUAAGCUUACAAGAAGCUGGGGGCAACGCUGGCAUUGAUGAGCAAAAUAAUGAGGCAGUUGUUGAUUUAUAUUCAAGCAUUAAAAGUUCUCAACCUAAGAUUACCAAGAUCAUAGAGGAAGGAGGUAGUGGCGAAGAUGAAAGUAAUGUUAAUGAAUUGUUGGCUUUGAAUGAUGAUAUUAACCAGGUUAUGAACAAAUAUCAAUUAUUGAAGUCUGGCGAUGUCAACGGUGCCUCUCAGAUUCAAGUCAGGGGCAGUGGAAUACCAGCGGGAGGUCAAUCGCUUAACUUGAUUGAUUUUGAUGACGAUGAGCCAAUAAGUAGUGACUCUAAGGAUCAAUCCGGCUACAACGAUUUAUUGAGUGAUUUGUCCAAUUUAGCAUUCACCAAUGACUAUAGUAGCAACUCAAAUGCUCAAAGGGGUGGUAAUGCGCAAAGCUUGAACAACUUAUUUGGUGCCGGGGGUUCCAUUUCGUUGGGAAAUUCUAUUCAACAACCAAAACCACAGUCAAGUGUCAAUAACACUGGCAGCAACUUUGACUUCCUCUCUGAUUUGAAUUCACCAUCACCGCAGCUUCAAUCAAACACAAAUACUGUUUCCUCCAGUACUAGCACCUCACUUGAUCCCUUUGGUUUUGACUUCCCAUCUUCAACUCCAAGCCAAGUCCAAACUCCUUCAUCUUUACCUUCAGCAAAGUCAGUUUUCAUUAACCAAUCUGGAAUCCUCAAAAUUGAAGCUGAUUUAUCGUCGAACUCAUCUCCAGAGCAAGUGGUUGGAAGAGUUAACUUUUCCAACGUUCAAAGUACAACUUUAAAUCAAUUUAAAUUUUUGAUGGCAGUUCCAAAAUCGUGUAAAUUGAACUUGAAACCACAAACUUCUGACGUCUUGUACGGGUUCAGCUCCAAAAAGGUCACGCAAGAUUUCGUGAUUGAAAAUAGUUUAAAGAAGCAAGUUAAGAUUAAAUGGAAGGCUGAAUAUUCAUUGAAUGGGGAAUUGAGAGAAGAGACCGGUGUCAGCGUUUUAGAGUAA